CUGUGUUGCCGCAUCCUAGUUGAGCCAAACUCAACCGAUACCCGAGUAACCGAUCAGAAGUUGAAAGUCCAAUACGGUUUAUUUUUUGCCGUGUUUUAUGCCUAGUUGUUGCCAACAGUCGCUGGUAGUUAAAGCGGGAUGGACACCGGCUUGACUUUCUCCUCUCGUCGGUCUCCUGUAGUGUGUUUACACGGCUGUGCAGCGUCCAGCCAGACGCUAGCUUCAAGUAUAGGUCUAGAUAUCCUGAAGUGUGGUGGUAAUGCGGCAGAUGCUGCGGUUGCCAUAGCGGCAGCACUGGCGGUAACAGAGCCGUGCAGCACCGGCCCUGGUGGAGAUGCCUUCUGCUUGUUCUACAACGGAAAAACCGGAGAGAUCAGAGGAAUUAACGGCAGUGGUCGUUCACCCAGAACCCAGACCCUGGAGUUCCUGGAAGGCCGUGGUUACUCUGCAGAGACCCCUCCCUCACCUUUUGAAGCAGUGAAUGUCACAGUUCCAGGGGCUCCUGCUUGUUGGUGUGACACUGUCCAGCUGUUUGGUAGCCACAAGCUGUCCUUUCAGGAGUUGCUGAGUGGGGCGGUGGGGCUUGCAGAGGUGGGGUUUCCUGUCGCCGAGGUAACAGCUCACCACUGGGCAAACUGGGUGUCUGCUCUGAGAGAUGCAGGGAAGGAACUAGGUGGGGACCUGCUGAGUGAUAAUCAUGCGCCAAAAUGUGGACAAGUAUUCAGAAACCCUGCCCUGGCCCGGACCCUGAAGGAGCUGGGUGAACGGGGAAAAGCAGCUUUCUACCAGGACAGAGUGGCCCAAGCCAUCGUUGACGUCAUCAGCCAACACGGUGGAGUCAUGACCCUGGAUGACCUCAGCAGCCACGACAGUGAGGUCAUCACCCCUAUCAGCACAGAAUACAAGGGGGUGCGUCUGUGGGAGCCCCCUCCGAACAGUCAGGGACUGGCUGCCCUGCUGCUGCUCAACAUCCUGGAGAACUUCCCUCUCAAAGCUAUGGGCCACAACAGCUCUGACUAUGUCCAUGUUUUGGUGGAGGCUGUGCGUUUGGCUCUAACAGAUGCUCUGCGUUACCUGGGCGAUCCAGACCAUGUGACCCCCCCACUGGAAACCUUACUGGACAAGAGCUACAGCCAUUGGCGAGCACAGCACAUCAGCAUGGAAAGGGCCAUGGAGGGAGUGGAGCCUGGCCUGAUCACAGGAAGUGACACAGUCUAUUUCUGUGUGAUCGACAGUCAGGGGAACGCCUGUUCGUUUGUGAACAGCACGUACAUGGGCUUUGGGAGCGGGCUGGUCCCAAAAGAUUGUGGAUUCUCACUACAGAAUCGCGGUGCCAGCUUUUCUCUGCGUCCCAACCAUGUUAACUGUGUUGCUGGGGGGAAACGGCCAUAUCACACCAUAAUACCUGCGCUCCUCACUACCUCUGCAACCAAGUCAGAAAAACCCAGACUCCUCGCUGCACUCGGGGUCAUGGGGGCAUUUAUGCAACCGCAGGGACACAUCCAGGUGUUGUUGAACAUGUUGGAGUUCGGGAUGAAUCCUCAACAAGCUCUGGAUGCACCGAGAGUCUAUGUACAAUAUGACCUAAAAACUGAGGAGUGGUGGGUUAAUCUGGAGGAGGGGGUCGACCGGGAGGUGGCAGAGGAGCUGAAAAGACGAGGCCAAAAAGUCCGCUGGCCAAUCACAGGCCACAAGAGGUCUCAGUUUGGGCGGGGACAGAUCAUCACAGUGGGGGAUUGGUGGAACCCAUCUGUCAGUCAAGCCGAUCAUCCAACCAGGGUGCUGUGGGCAGGAUCAGACCCCAGAGCUGAUGGAUGUGCUCAGGGUUACUAGACGUCCUUCACCUCCUUUCAUCUCCUCUGCAGAAGUAAUAAUCUUUCUGAAGGCAAAUGCUUACACAUGAAAUGUAGAGGAGAAAUAGCAUCAGUGUUAGACUGAGACUGAGACCUUUAUUCAGUUGAUUGAUUUUAUUACCACGUGUAACUUGACAGCAGUUCAGGUUUAUAAUUCAGUCAUAGCCCAAGGUCAUAAUAGAUAUAUUGAAUCUUCAUGAAGUGUCUUAUUUCAUCAUGUUCUUGUAUCAGCAUUUACUAGAUUGUUCUCUUGUAUGUUUACACAUACAUAAAUGUAUGUUUACACAUACAUUUAUGUAUGUAAACUAUUAUUACUACUCUAUGUCAUCCAUGUAGUCUGUGACAUACAGCAGCAGAGCAGUGCAUCGAUUUAUAAAAGAUUUUGCACUUUGUGAUGGUUUUGUUUGCUCUUAACAGCAACAGGAAAACAAAUCUUCAUGUAAUAUUAUAAUACACACCAAGGAUGCUUUUCCUGAUGUUGGUUUGAAACUGAGAAUUAUCUCAACCAAAAGACAGCAGAUCAGCAGCAACUAAUUAAAGAGACUGUUUGUUUGAAAAGGCAGCAGUAUCAUUACAGACUGUAUAUAACUCUCCUUCCGCAGUAAAUGACAGCUGCAUCUUUACUCAAGGGGACAUUUUAUAAAGAAAUAGAGUUUAGAUCGUGUAAUAAUGUGAUGUGAACUAAGUCAAAAUCUUUUUGGCAUCAUUUUCCUACAUUUUAAAGUAAAUAUUUGUUUCUGCUGUUGUUGAAAACAAACUGAUUUAUCAGUCAAAUAUUUUGUAGCUCUAAUCCCUGGUUCCAGUGUACUAUUACAGCUCAAGGUAAUGUGGUAUUUUACUUUGUCCUCAGCAGGACCUGAUAUAUAUAUUGAUCAGUCAUUUGAUCAGCUCAUCUGUCCCGAGCAGUAUGUCUCAAAAAGGACUAAAUUUGGAAACUUUGUAUAAAACAUCUGAACAACUAUCAGUGGGAUGUCACUCAUAGUCCCCAGAGGGUGAAUCCUUAUGUUUUGUUCAUUCUCUGACCUUUUCUCCAGCAUCACCACCAUAAAAUUUACUGAGCACAUUCAUGCCUCCCCCUGAGGACAAACCAUUCCCAUUUCGGAUGCUCCGUGCAGCUUCUGGUGUAGCACUAACUAGCCUAAAUAUCAGCUGUAAACAAAAGAUAUCUCACAGUUUGUAAUGCAUGUUACCAUGAAAUUAGCUGUGUGCAUUCCAGCUCCUCUA